AUGCCCUCUCCUCGUGGUAGUUCGCGACAUGCUCACCAAGUCUCGAGCAGCUAUUCGCGCCCUGUCGACCGUGGCCAGACUCCGACGCCGACCCAAGAGUCUCGGCGGCAUCAUCCAGCUCCUUCGAAACCCAGCCAACCUUCCGGCUCCCAAGGCUACCAUCUCCGCAAAUCGUCGACCGCAGAUCUCUCGUCCCUAGCCUCCGGAAACCGAGAUUCCUUUGCCUCCAUCCUCGACGAUCCCUUCUUCAACAACUACAAGUCAAUUGUCUAUCCAGAAGACGCCGCCGAUUCCUCCGGCCAGCCCGCUGCUGCGAAACCCGCCGCCGGAUGCGAUGAGAAGGCGAACCAGCCGCUUUGGCCCCCUCCUGCUCGCCGCGAGUCGUUAAGUGCUGGCCCCUCCCGCUACCAGGGGUCAAUCCAAUGGGCUGAAAUUGGCUGCGCUAUCGCCAUUACCCAUUGUUGUUGUCCCCAUCCUUCCCUGAGAUUCGUUGUCGUGGGCAUGGAAUUGACUGUCAUCUCGUUCCAGCAACUCGACCCCCCGCCCUCCGCCAUGGAGACCUUCAACAUCGCCGUCAUCGGCUCCGAAGGCGUCGGCAAGUCCUCCUUCGUCCAACGGGUCCUCAACCUCCCGCGACCACCCAUCACCAACGCCUCGACCGUCCGCAUGCCAAUUGACAAUGUGAUGCACAUGGUCAUGCUGCUCGAGCUCGAUCUCGAGCACUUUGCACUCGACCCCGAGCUCCCAAUCCAAUGGCCGAAACAGAUCAAUGGGCACAUAAUGCCGCGAGUCGACGCCGCUUUAAUUCUAUACGAUGUAAUGAACCGGGCAUCUGUGGCUGAGCUGCCUCAAACAAUGGCUGCUUUGACCAACUCGGGCCUGCCUGCGAUUCUUGUUGCCACCAAGUGCGAAAACCCCAAGGACGAGUGGGAGGUAAUCCCCGACGUGAUCACGAGCAGCAAGUUUUACCAGUCCUGCCUUGCAUCAUACAAGCUCUCCAGCGAGAAUCCCGAAAUCGCCCGCACCUGCCUGCAGGCAAUCCUCAAAGCCGCCAUUAUUCACCGAAGAGAAGAAAACGGCGAGACAGUAUCCCGAAGGCGCGCCCAAUCGAACCUCGAAAUGCCCGAUACGUCAUCUACGCGCUCCACCAGUGAACAAAACAAGCACAGUCGAGCCAGCUCCGACCUUUCUUUACUGCGUGGCUUCGCCAACCUUCCGAUCAACGAACGCGGCCAAACCUCAAAAAGCGCCCCCCGGCUCGGCAAGCCUGGAGAAUCCGACAUCCAAACACAGCAGUCGUACAACAGCAUGCUACGGACCUCUUCUGGCAUCCGCCUGGACAGACCAGGCACUGAGUCUUCACAGGAUAUUGACGAAUCCGAUGCCGAGUCACGGAGAUAUUCAGAUGAUGUUCCUAUCCUACAAAGAAACGAUGAAACCAGUGGCGGCACGGCGAAGAUCGUCGGAGCUUCCUUCGACGAGCUAGUUGACCGACUCCUGGCCCCCCGAAUUUCGAAAAACGACAGUAACUUCUCAGAUAUCUUCCUCUGCCUCUACCGCAAGUUUGCCGCGCCCGGCGAGCUUUUCUCAGCCAUUCUCACUCGACUUGACGACGUCCGUGAUGACAAAACAUCGCACUACCUGACAAAGACUGCUACCCAAUUACGGAUGAUCGAAGUCGUAGCAAGAUGGGUAUCACUGUACCCUGGCGAUUUUGCCCGACCAACCACCCGCCGAAACCUGGAGGAGUUUAUCAAGCAUCUUUCGACGGAACCCAUCUUCUCAAUCUCAGCACAGCAGAUUCGUCGCAACCUGCACUUCAACGUGACUGAGGAUGACGACACUGGAUGGGCAAACACGGAUGAAGACGGAGACAAGGCUGCCAGUGAUCUGUUAAAGAAGGACUCCGACAAGCUGGGUCAAAGCUUGAGUGGGUUGGGGAUUGAGGAUGAAGAAGGGGACGACAUGCCAUCUCGAAGCUCUGACAACUCAUUCGGUGACAGAGGCAGUGUAGGGAGCCAGUUCCAAUUCCAUUGGUACGACGAGUAUGAAAGAGAAGCAUCAUCGCUUGAGCCCUCGAGCCACUUACCGAUGAACAAAUUCCGCUACCACAUCUUCAUGGAUAUUCCGGACGAGGAGAUAGCUGACGAGCUUACCCGUAUUGAUUGGGUAAUGUUCUCAUCGAUUCGAGUUCGAGACUUUGUUCGCCAUGUCAGCUUAUCCACGGCAGAGAAGGGCAAAUGCCGGAGCCUCCAGAACGUGAACCGCAUGAUCGCACACUUCAACCAUGUUGCCCAAUGGGUCGCCAACCUGAUUCUACUAAGGGACAAGGCCAAACACCGGGCACAGAUGAUGGAGAAGUUCAUGAACAUUGCCCUCAAGCUUCGACAAAUGAACAAUUACAACGGACUCGCCGCAGUUCUCGCGGGCAUCAACGGAACAUCGAUUCAUCGCCUAGCCCAGACCAGAGCUUUGGUCCCCCCGGAGGUCCAAAAACGUUUCGCCCGACUCGUAAUUCUAAUGGGCACACAAAAGAGUCAUUUCGCCUACCGACUUGCUUGGGAGAAUUCGCCACUUCCCCGAAUCCCCUUCAUUCCUUUACAUCGCCGUGAUCUCGUGUCGGCCGAGGAGGGAAGCAAGACCUUUGUUGGCCCGAAAGGCGACCGUAUCAACUGGAAGAAGUUUGAGGUUCUUGGAGAGGUCCUCCUCCCCAUUAUGAAGAGUCAAGGCACCCCCUACCCUGGCUUGUCAAAGCAUGACAACAUCAAGGACAUGAUCUUAGGAUGCCGUAUGCCCACAGAUGAUGAGGAAAUAUACCAGCGGAGCAUACAGGUUGAGACCGGCGUGGGAGGACCUGCGGAGCAAACUAGAAAGAAAUCAUUCCCAUGGUUUAAGAUACGACAUGCCGGCUUCCCUCUUAUGCCGGAAACCACGAUUGAGAAUCCGAGGCUCCGCCUCAAGAGCAAAUCUAACCGAUCGCAAUUAGAAAUCAGAUCCUCUCUCCGGCUCGUCCUACCAAGAGAACACCAGGCCAUAGAGUCCAGCGAGGAGCUCCUGCGACUGGUUUCGUCAGGGGAGUUGUGGAUUGCCCGGGUGGGAUCGUGCAAUUUGACAGUGGAAGUCACCACCCUUGGGGAUGCUCUGUCCAGAGCUGAAACUACUGUGGUAGAAGAUUGGAUUUCCGACCACCAGCUCUGGAAUCAACUUGGCAUUCGAUUGAUAUCUUUGGGCGACGAGACGGCUCUUCCUGCCAACGAAAUCGAACUAUCCAUUCAGCAUCCUGACUUGACUUCGGCUCUUGUGGCAUCAACAAAGACUUCAGUUGUCGAAUUCAUCUCUGCAAGAUGUGCGAUUGACCUAUCAGUAACCAGGACAUCCAGUACAGCUCAUAAAAGGCCGCGCCUACCUGUUCAGAAACCACCGGACGAAGCCACAUCAAACAAUCACCAAGGUAUACCUCAAGAUGUCGAUAUAGACGACCAGAUGGCGGUAUCCGAGUUUGUGACCAAUCUUCAUGAACACGAGGAGCGGGAUCGUCAGCCAAACAGGUCGAAAAGAAAACGGAUCUCUGAAACCCAACAUCCCAUUGAAAACAUUGGGCUCCACAAGAAUGCCAUUGAUACUGCGAUACGUAUCAUUCUGCUCGGUUCAAAUAACACUGGCAACAGCUAUAGGCCAUUGGAACAAGUAUCAGCCCCUGGAUUGUCCCAGCUAGCACCUGGAGUGUUCGACAUUCCAUAUACAGAGACCGUCUCUCAGAGGGCAAAUCUGUGUACCACUAUCAGUUCUUCACUGGCGAGAAUGGUAGAGGCUGAGUCGCCUAGUCUAAGGCGUAAAAUCAAUCAUCUCAAGACAUCAGCAACUUCAGGAGCAAUCGACGUCCCGCCAGAACUAGACAUGGUUCAGGGCAUAGAGAGAAGUAUCUGGGAAAUCAUUUUAAAGUCUUCCAAAUCUCCCUCGAGAGGGAAGAGAAAAGCGAAUGGUCCAUCUGACCUGCCCAAACGGCCACGGCAUGGCCUUGUUGAACAACAGUCGAACUCGGUAGAUGAUGCGUCAGCUUCCGCAAUCGGACGCUCUUCAGCCCUAGUCAUGGAGAUAUAUGACGAUAUAACAACCACCGAGUCAAAUGAAAGGAUAGUUCCAGAUACGGCGGAUACUUCUAUGUCCAAUCGAGCCUCAAGUUCUGGCUUGGCGUCGGAGGGUACUCAUAUACAUGAAUAUUUUAGCAGCUUGUCUCAAACUCUGUGGUACGAGCCGGCAUUGCCUUCUGAUUCCCAACCACUACAAGUCUUUGGAAAUGAAUCAUCUCCUUGA